AUGCCUUCCCCUCAGCACAAAUACACCCUCUACAGUUACUUCCGAUCCUCGUGCUCGGCGAGAAUUCGAAUUGCUGCGCAUCUCAAGAACAUCCCGCUCGAAUACAGGUACAUCCACUUGGUCAAGGGAGAGCAACAUGGAGCCGAAUACACAGCCCUGAACCCCAGUGAAUCGGUUCCCACCCUCGUCGUGACCGACGUACAAACGAGCCAAGUCAUCACCAAAAUCCGUCAGUCCGUUGCCAUUCUGGAAUUCCUUGAAGAAAGCAGGCCAGACCUACCUAAACUGCUUCCGGGAGUUGAAGACACCGUGGGCCGGGCAAGGGUGAGGGAGCUAGUGAACAUAGUGGCUUGUGACAUCCAGCCCGUCACGAACCUGAGAGUUUUGAAUUUCAUCAAGCCCUUGGACAUUGAGGCCAAGACUUGGCAGCUGCAUUUCAUGGCCUUUGGCUUCCGCGCGUACGAGGAGCUCUUGAAAUCCUAUGCCGGGAAGUACAGUGUGGGUGAUGAGCUGACCUUGGCGGAUUGUGCACUGGCUCCGGCCAUCGAUGGAGCCUUGAGGUUUGGGGUCGAUGUCCCGGGUGAGUUCCCGCAUGUUUGGAAGGUUUGGGAGAAUUUGAAGGUUGUUGAGGCAUUCAAAAAGGGCAGAUGGAAUAACCAGGAGGAUACACCGGAGGACCUGAAGGUCAACGAGUAG